AUGGUAACCAAACUCUGCGAAUUAAAUAUUGCUCCACUCUCUAGUAACAUCUUAUCACCAUAUCCAAACUUUAUUCAUAUAUCAGCCCAGAUGUUGUAUUCGGAGGGGAUAGGAGAGAAACUGGCUGGAUCUUGCUGGGAUCAUAAUUGUCCAGAUUUCACCGUUUGUGAACGAAGUGGAGAUAGUUUUGCUUGUAUUCUAAACGUGGAUCCGAAGAAACGCUGUGCACAACCUGCACCAACCAUACCCUUUGCAUCAGUGAAUUCCUAUAAUGAAUCAGGUGAUGUAGCUGUUUACACGUGUAAUGCUGCAUAUCUAAGUGGGUCACCGAAUAUCUCUUGUAGAGCGAAUGGGGAGUGGACCGAAUCUACUCUACAAUGCGAAGCUGCAUGCUCUGACCAUCCACCAAAGAGACCGAACACAAUAGCAAUCUUUUUUACCAGUCAAGUAGAUAGUGAGGUCUUGUACAUCUGUAUAAAAGGAUAUCGGUACAGAUCCGGACAUAUGGUGUCAGUUUGUCAGAAUGACGGAACUUGGUCAACAAAUGUUACGAUUAUAUGUACAGUUGCAGUAAACUGCUCAGCGUCUGAUCUACCGGAUGUGUUUGGUACUGAACGAGAUUAUAACGAUACAACAGAAGGAAGUUUAGCCAUCUACGAAUGUAAAUCCACGUACAUCUAUUAUUCUGGUAACUUUUCGGUGGAAUGUCAGGAGAAUGGGCAAUGGACCACUAUAAGUCUGGUUUGUUUACCAACAGCUUGUGUUCAAACUACUUCCAAUGGCUACAUCUACCAGGGAAACUUGAGAUUAUCUGAAUCAGGACAAACCUGCUUACCCUUUACACACACAUUAUCUAACUACUACGAUAUCAGCAAGUUUCCGUACGACGCGACGAUGGACGACGUCGAUAACAAAUGUCGUCCGACGAGUGAUAUGACGCCUUUUUCAAGACCCUGGUGUUAUGUACAAUUAUCUAUUUUUCCGUUGAAACGAAAAUGGGAAUACUGUGCUAUUCCGGACUGUUAA